AUGGAUGUAUCCCAGGUGACCUGGAUCUUGCUAAGCCUGCUGAUGGCUUUGCUCCUUGCGGCUUUCCUCUUGUACGGCUCCUACAUCAAAUCUGUCCACAGAAGGUAUGAUCACAUCCCCGGCCCUCCAAGGGACAGGGCUGAAGAAUAUGGGCCAUUUGUGCGCUUAAAUUUUUUUCAUAAAAUUGCACUGUUAGUUAUGAGUCCUGAAGGAAUAAAGAUUCCCAGCUACAUCCAAGGUUUGGUAGGAACCUUUAAUGAUCAAGGUGAAGAGCUAAUGAAGAAGCUGGCGAAGCAAGCAGAUGGAAUAACCAAAGUGGAUAUGAUGAACCUGCUGAGACGAAUAACCUUGGACAUUAUUGCAAAGGUGGCUUUUGGCUUAGAAUUGAAGACUCUACAUAAUGAUCAGACACCUUUUCCACAUGCCAUGAACAUGGUCACAGAAGGACUGAAGAAUGUACGUUUUCCUUUCUUUCAGUAUCUGCCGUGGAAUAGAAAACUUGUGAAAGAGAUUCAAGAAAGUGUGAGGCUGCUGCGUCGUACAGGAAGGGAGUGUAUCGAACGAAGGCAAAAGGCCAUGCAGAAUGAACAAGAGGUCCCCUUAGAUGUACUCACUCAGAUACUGAAGACAGCAGCAGAAGAAGGUGAAUCUGAUAUUGAAAGUAUGCUGGACAAUUUUGUCAACUUCUUCUAUGCAGGUCAUGAAACAACUACUAACCAGUUAGCUUUUACCAUAAUGGAACUGGGACGGCACCCCGAGAUAGUUGCAAAACUUCAGGCUGAAGUGGAUGAUGUCAUUGGGGUGAAGAAAAACAUUGUCUAUGAAGAUAUUAGGAAACUCAAAUACUUAUCACAGGUUCUCAAGGAAUCCUUGCGGUUGUAUCCACCAGCGACAGCCACUUUGCGUUGGACAGAAAAGGAAAACAUAAUUGAGGGAGUCAGAAUUCCAGCAAACACCUCGCUGAUUUUCUGUAUGUAUAUUAUGGGACGCUUGGACAAGUUUUUCAAAGACCCUCUCGUCUUUGAUCCCGACCGAUUUAGGAAAGACCAACCAAAGCCAUAUUUUACUUAUUUUCCAUUUUCCCUGGGACAUCGGUCCUGUAUUGGGCAGAAAUUUGCAGAGAUGGAAGCCAAAGUGGUGAUGGCCAAAUUUCUGCAGAGGUUUGACUUCCAGCUGGUUCCACCACAGAGUUUUAAAGUUUUGGAUGCGGGAACACUGAGGCCCUUAGAUGAGAUUGUAUGCAGAUUAAAGCCACGCCAUCCAUGUGGCUGUGAAGAGUAAACGAAAUACUAUGUUCAAUGUGUAUUACAGUUCCUUCUAGAAUGUUUUUAAAAGCCAUUUCUUUUAAUAUUGUUUAAAUUACCUUUCAUUGCCAUAUGAACAAAAUUAAUAAUACCUUUGGAUUUAUGUAUAGAUCAAUACUAAUAGGACUGCAGUUUUCAUUUUGUGCCAAAAUUAGCGCACACAAAAAUCUCUCAGACUACAUGUGCAUCUACAUGACAUUAAUGCAGUUUGAUACCACUUUAACUACCAUGGUUCAGUGCUAUAGAAUCAUGGAAGUUGUUGUUUGGUGAUGCAUUGCACUCUAUGGCAGAGAACUCUAAAGACCUUGUGAAACGCCACAUCCUAUGAUUCCAUAGAAUUAAGUCAUGGCAUUUAAGUGGUGUUGAGCUGCAUUAAUUUUACAUUAUGGAUGAAUGCUAAGAGAGGUAAAUUACCCAAAGACUGUGUAUCUCUUGUGGGUUCUGUAGAACCAAUCAUAAAUUAAUAUUGGAAGAAGAAUCACAAACAGGUUGCCCUGCUUCAUAUAUAUUUGAAAUGAUUAAAAAUGCAAAA